AUGGCGGAGAAGCGGCCGGCGCGCCGUGAGGGAGAAAAGGUCUGGUGUCCAGACCCUCGCAAUGUGUGGCAGCUGGGCACCGUAGUGGAGGACGACGGUGAGAAGCUGCACGUUCUGCUGCCCGACGCCGACUCGGAGCAACAAUUCACCUUCGAGCAGGUACAUCCUUACGAUCCAUCACACUCAGUGAACCUGAACAAUGUGGCGGAAAUGGACAAUCUACACGAGGCUCCACUUCUGGAUCUUCUACGACGUCGCUAUCUCGAGGACAAGAUCUACACGUACACUGGUGAUAUCCUCAUCUCUAUCAACCCGUACAAGAACAUCCCCAUGCUCUAUAACUUCCCAGAACUCGACUCUAUUGGCAAACUAGAUAACCCCGUGCCUCAUGUCUACUCCACAGCUCACGGAGCGUACCACGCCAUGAUGAAGGACGGGAAAUGCCAAUCCAUUCUUGUGUCUGGAGAGAGUGGAGCCGGCAAAACAGAAGCCUCCAAGUACAUUAUGCGGUAUCUGGCCAACAUCUCGGAGAUCGGCAAGAAGGCUCCAAAGGCUCCAAAAGCGGAGAACGGCGGGUCUUCGGUGGAACAAUGUGUACUCCAGAGUAAUCCUCUACUUGAAGCGUUCGGUAACGCUAAGACCAUCCGCAACGACAACAGCAGUCGCUUUGGCAAGUUCAUCAAGAUCUAUUACCAUACAGACGGCACCAUCUCUGGUGCUACAACGAGCCAUUUCUUGCUGGAGAAGAGCCGCAUCGUCGGUAGCGCCGAAUCCGAGCGUAAUUACCACAUUUUCUACCAAUUGUGUGCUGGAUUAUCUGCUGAAGAGAAGACGGCGUUGAAGCUGAAGCCUGCAAGCGAGUUCUACUUCCUCAAUCAAGGAAAUUGCAUUCAAGUGCCAGAAAUUAACGACAAAAAGGACUUCAAGGAGCUUGCUGAAGCCAUGGGUACUGUGGGUAUCCCUCCAGAGUUACAGCGGACCAUCUUCCGUCUCGUGGCCUGCGUACUGCAUUUAGGUAACGUCGAGUUCACGGAGAACGCCAAGAACGAGUCCCAGAUCGCCCACCCAGAGGACGUGACGAACCUGGCAGACUUGAUGAUGGUGACACCGGCUGAACUGGAGUUCGCGCUUACGAAGCGAACGAUGUCGGCUGGCGCACGUGGCUCAGUGGCUGAAAUUGCGCUGACUGCUGUGGAGUCUGUCAAGUCGCGUAAUGGUCUGGCGAAGGACAUUUUCAGCAAGAUUUUCGACUGGCUGGUGUCUCAAAUCAACAAGUCAACGUCUAACGUUGGCAGUAGCGCUGGAGUUGGCGCUGGCUCCAAGUUUAUCGGUAUUUUGGAUAUCUUUGGCUUUGAAAGUCUGCAAGUGAACUCGUUUGAGCAGCUGUGUAUCAACUACACGAACGAAAUGUUGCAGCAACAAUUCAACCAGCACGUGUUCGUGUAUGAACAAGAAGUGUACGUUGAAGAAGGCAUCGAUUUCUCUCGUCUGGAGUUCAAGGACAAUGGACCAUGUCUCGAUCUGAUUGAUAAGAAGCCGCUGGGUAUUCUCCCUCUCUUGGAUGAACAAGGAAUGCUUGGACGACGUGCUAGCGACGAAAACUUUAUCCAGAAGCUGCAUCAAACGCAUUUGCCAAAGGGAAAAGUUCCGGAGGGCACUACUAUCUACUACUCGAAGCCGCGAUUCGCUACGGACGAGUUUGUGGUUCACCAUUACGCUGGAGAGGUGACGUACAAUGUCAAUGGCUUCUUGGAAAAGAACGAUGACUCUCUACACAACGAUUUGAUCUCUCUGAUGGACAGUUCCAAAUGCGAAUACCUGCGAAAGUUGUAUCCAUUAGCUCAAGCUGGUGCGGCAUCGGGCGGCGCCAACCCACGGAAACCUGUUCGGAAAAUGGGCAACAAGAUGACUGGAACGAUGACUGUGGGCCGAAAAUUUCGUGAUCAGAUGGCCAACUUGAUGGUGGAACUCAAGGCCACGAUGCCUUCCUUCGUGCGUUGUGUCAAGCCGAACAACCUGCGCUUCCCACAGGGCUGGAACGCCGAACUGAUUCUAAACCAGCUCAUCUACCUCGGUGUCAUGGAGACUGUGCGUAUCCGACGUUCCGGUUUCCCAGUUCGACGGCUCUUUGAAGAAUUCCGCGAGAAGUAUCAGAUCCUGACUCGCAAUGUCGCUAAGGAGAAGCGAGGAACUAUGACGGACAAAGAUUACUGCGAGGUUAUUCUCCGCUUCAUUCCUCGUGAAAACUGGCAGCUCGGACACAAGAAGGUGUUCCUUCGAGACAGCCAGCUGCGUAUUCUGGACAACGAAGCACGUAAGAUCAUGCACGACGCUGCUAUCGUUAUCCAGAAGCAUGUACGCGGUCGACAGCAACGUCGAAAGUACAUGGAUAUGCGCGAGAAGGCCAUCCGGAUCCAAGCAAUGACGCGCAUGUACCUGGCCAAGCGUCACUACCAGCGUAUGCGUCACCGCAUUACACUCCUCAACGCUGUAGCAAGGCAGUUUAUCCAGCGAAGGAAGUAUCAACGCCUGCGCAAGGCCACUAUCCUCGUGCAGAGUCACGCUCGCGGUAAUGCUGCUCGCAAGUAUGCGCUAUAUCUCCGAACAGCCCCUCCUGCUGCAACAAAGAUCCAAGCUCAAGUGCGACGAUACUUGGCUCGUAAGCGCUUCCUCAAGCAGAAACACGCUGCGGCUAAAGUUGCAAAUGCACGCAAGAUGCACAGACAACGGGCUGAGUUUUUGGAGAUGCGCAAUGCAGCGAAUGUGAUCGCUUCUCGAUACAAGGGCUAUGCUGCGCGUAACAAAUAUCGCGAGAUGUGGAAGGCAGCUAUCGUGUUGCACGCUGCAGGUCGCGGCUUCAAUGCCCGUCUUAAAUACGGCAAGAAGGCUCGUAUGCGCGCUGUUGCACGCAACAAAGCGCAGAUCCAAAUCGCGCGAAUUGCUCGUGGCUUCUUGGCGCGACGUCACUUCCAGACCUCUCGUCGACGUAUCAUUAUGAUCCAAGCCCGUGUGCGAGCGAACCGCGUUCGUACCGAGUAUCUCAAGGGUCGAGAGGCUACAAUCAACUCUCAAGCUAUGAUUCGUCGCUCGCUGGUGCGUCGUAAGUUUUUGCGCGAGAAGAAGAUGGCUACACGCAUUGAAGCCUUUGGUCGCAUGGUGAUCUAUCGUCAACGUUAUCUCAAUGAACGUAAGAAGAUCAUCCUUGUCCAGUCUUUGUGGCGGAUGCACAGGCUUCGCAGAGAAUACACCAAGCGGGACCGACAGAUUACACUGCUGCAAUCGCUCUGGCGCUGCCAUGCACAAGCCAAGAAAUACCGCGAGACGAGGGACAAGAUCAUCACUAUUCAAGCUUUCUCGCGUAUGACACUUGAACGUACUCGCUACUUGAAAAUGCGAUCAGCGGCGCGUGUGGUGCAGAGCGCUGUACGCACGUAUCUAGGUCGUCGGCAAUUCAUUCGCUUCCGUCAUGGAGUGGUGAAAACUCAAGCACUUUAUCGCGGCUACGUGCAGCAAAAGAAAUAUCGCCAAACGGUUCAGCGGAUCGUCACGGUACAAAGUGUCUUCCGUCAGAAGAGAUCCUCCAAGCUCGCAGAUGUGCGACGUCGGUCGAUGGCUCGAGUUCUCGCUGUGGUACGGAUCUUCCUGUCUCGUGUACGCAUAAGGAAUCGCACCCAGGCUUUGUUUGAUGCAGCUAAUGCCUACGACUUGACCGAGGUGCUUCACAUUGCACAGGAGAUGCCAGGAAUGCUACGUGUGCGUGACCGUGACCACGAGAUGAUGUCGUUAAUCCACGUCGCGUCGAAGAAUGGUGACCUCAAUUUGGCGCGAUUUGUUCUAGAGGAAAACCCUCAACUUGAGGAUCUCGUGUAUGGAAAGGAUACUGCAGGCAGUACACCACUGCACUACGCUAGUCGACUAGCUCAUUUGGAUAUGGUACGGCUACUCGCGAAGGUUGCGAACCGCAACUCGAAUCCUAGCGCGCAUUUUGACUUUGGAGCUGCGCGUACAAGAAGCGCUAGCAGUGCCAGUAGUGGCAGCGAUGACUCGCCCGACAUGAAGCUUCGAUCUGUUUCCAGUGUUAGCACGGCGUCCAUGACGACGCCAUCGUCCCGUUCGCCAUCAAAGAGCGUGUCUAUUCGCAGUCCUGUAGGAGGCUUUGACCCUCGUAUGCGUGGUAUGUCCACCGCCUCGACGUCUUCGUUUUCGAUGCAACCAGCCUUCAAACCUGGCGAUCACAACGCACCAAAGCGUAAUGGUCGACGCACUCUCGUGUCUUCCAAGAUAGGGAACAACCGACGUUUGUCAUCGUCUAUCGGCGGACUUCCACCAGUGCUCCCCACGACACUGCAGAUCGAAGUGUACAAGGAGGGAUUUCUACGCAAGGCUAGUGGUACUCGCUGGGCCACGAAGCGUUAUGUGAUAGUAGACGAGGUUUGUUUGUCCUACUACAAGACUGAGAAGGACAAGAUUCCGCUCAAGAUCGUCGAGCUGUGUGAUGCUACGAUCAAGCGCAACUCCGACGUGGACUGCUGCUUUGAGAUCCGCUCACCACGACUUAAGAGCUCCAAAAAUCCUGACGGCAUGCUCUCGUUUGUAGCCGACACAGAACAAGAGGUGCACGAAUGGAUGCUUGCUAUUCGCAAGGUACAGGGCGUGCGUGCAACCACAACGAGUCCUCCCAACCACAACAUGAUCUGCAUCGACAGUGGACUGCGUCGCGACUACGUCAACAUGAAGAACAAGCUGGGCUUUACCCCGUUACAUUUGGCAGUACAGAACGACGAAGAUGAAGGAUUUGAGGCUGCCAAGGUGUGUGUCUGGCUUAUUGAGAAUGGCGCGGACCCGAAUGCGAUCGAUGUGAAUGGAGACACUGCUCUACACUAUGCCGUGGAGCUGGAGCGCUUCGACUUGGUUGAAACUCUCAUGAAGCGUGGCGCAGACUCGAGUAUCAAGAACUUGAAAGGUCUUUCGGCCGUGGAUAUUGCCGAGGAGGACGACCUGAAGGAGAUUCUUAACCCAGUUACGCACGCCCUGAAGAUGGAGGAGACUCCGGUGGAGUCAGAAGAGCCCCAAGCUGACGGAAUUGUUCCUGUCAAGAAGCUGACUCCCGUCACUCCGUCACUACUGCCACCACCGGACAGGCUACACGACAGCACGUAUGUGUCGGUGUUCCUGGGUGCUAUUGCAGUGGCCACUGGUCCUAUUAUGGAGACGCCGCACUUCAACCUCUACAUCAUGGAUUAUAAGGGUGCGGUCGUUGACACGGCUCAACGCACACCGAAGUCGCUUAUCCAGACCGGAGGCAACUACUGGUGGUUCGGCAACACGUGGUACCUGCAGACACCCCUCGAGCAUCUCAAGGACGGUUGUGUUGCCGUGAUGGAGCUGAGGCAUCGGAGUCUUGUGACGCAGGAGGUCGAAGUGGGCUGUUGGACCUUUUUCCAUCUGGACUUGAGCAAGAUCACGACGGCGCCUGCCACCUUCGAAAUGUAUGCGCCGCCUGUGGAUCCGCUCAGUAAGAUCCUUGCUCGUAUCCCUGGAGAUUCUUUCUUGCAGGCUGAAAUCAACGUGUCGCUGUAAGCGAAGUAGAAAAAACAUGUCUUGUCGACUUGACAGUCAAGACGUUGAGUAAAAACAAAAACGUAGUAUCUACUUCAGCCAAAGGAGCGUGGCAACUGGAAGAGGUGAAAAAUAACCGUGCUUUGUGAUAAGGGAUACUUUCAUGGGCUACGUCUUUCAGCCGUGGAUAUUGCCGAAGAGAGCGACUUGAAAAAGAUUCUCAACCCAGCAACGUCUUGUGAAGAGCCAUCAGGAUCAAUUAAACACAAUGACGCGGAGUAAAAACAAAAAAGCAUCUAUUUCAGCCAACGGAGCAUGGUACUGUAAUGAAUCUACAGCACACGACGCUUCUUAGCAGAGUUCAUGUACGGCCGCAAGACCCACUCGUUCUCAGCCUCCUUCUGGUCGAGCGUGCCAAGCUUCACCUGGUACAACUGCAACUCGAAGCGAGGGCCACACUCCUGCAACUCCACCUCCCGUCCUGUCACCUUGAAGCCGUGGUGACGGAACGACACGAAGUCGUUGUCGUUGGACAACGUAAUAACGCGCUUGGCGUCUGGCUUGGGCACUGGGAACAAGUGCUUUAAAAUGUUGGCAACACGCUUUCCUAGCGGCGUCUCGAACUGGUUGAUAAUGAGGUGUGGAUACGCCUCGGAGAUAGUGGCACGGUCUUC